AUGAAUCGAUCGCCUGAGGAUUCGUUCGACCAGGCGACUGCCGAUCGCGAUGCAGAACGAUUGAGAAUCGAUGCACUGGAGCGGACCAUGAGCUUUUCUUCUCUGUUGGCGGUAUUUGAACAUCCUCUAUCGGCGAAUUUAAAAGCCGAAACUGGAGAAUCAACUAGUGGCGUUGGUGGAGGUAUUGUAGUCACCGGAGUGAGCGGCACAACUUCUCUCCUUGCCAAGAAACUGGCCAGGAAAACAGAACUGGAAAUUGUCAAGGAAUCACCAACGAAACCAAUACCUCCCAUAGAAGUCGACUUCUACCGCAACCCGACAAUCCUCUCGAGACUCAUUCUCAAUCAAAAGUACGAAGCGGCGAUUAGGCGGCUACAUAAAAAUCCGGAAGAAGCGCACGUAUGGGUGUGUGCCAAGCGUAAGCCCUCCAAAGGGGACAUACCUAAUUCCCAAAUCCCCUUUUCCUUGCGGCAACUUCCCGUACAUAUUGCCAUUUGCAACUUGCAGCGGUGUAGAGGUCAAGCAUGUCGAGACAUUUUGAAUCUACUAAUAACGAACCUGGUGGUUGUCAAUCCAGACUCCUGUCGGUUCGUAGAUCAUCUCGGCAAACUUCCGUUACACCUUGCGAUUGCCGACGGAGCCACUCCUGAAACCAUCUCCGUUAUGCUCAUGGCGCAUCCGGCUUCUACCGAGUCUCGGGACAAACAGGGACGUACCAUGAUCGCGUUAAAUCAGAACCGUAGCUUGGACGAUGGUCGAGACCAAGUACACCAGGUGUUGAGUUUGGGCGUGGACUUCUGGAAUGAAGCGCACCAAGAAGCCGUCUUACGACUCAAGCACGCGGCGCCGUCCCUGCCCAGCAAAGACGAUAAGUCUGUCGACUCCGUAUCAGUCAUGGCGUCGAGCAAAGCUGAAGAAGAGACAUUACUCAGUAGUGUGGAGCAGAACAGAGACCCCGAGCCGUUGCCUCUAUUACGACAGGAAGGAGUGGAAGCCAUUGCAUGGGAACAAUUGGAGGAGCGAGCUAUCGCGCUGGAGGAAAUCUUGGCCGAAGUGAACGAGCGCAAUUAUGCGUUGAAUAUAAGACUCGACGCGGUAGCCAAAAGCAAAAAGGAACUGCUAGACAAACUGGACGAAGUGCACGGCGACGAAUUAGUCAGCGAUAUUUCGCAACUCGAAAAACAAAACUUGGAACUGCAGGCCAAGGUGAUCAAAAUGGAGCGACUCAUUCGUAGCUCCGUGAUAAGACAGGAUCUCGGUGGCGAUGGACGCAAGCGACGAAGGCAGCACGAACCAAAUCGAUCGUUCCAUCCACUGUUAGACGGUGCACAAAAAGGCGACCUAGCCAGCGACGACCUUGCUUUGCAGAAUAGAAGGCUUCGUCAGGCUUACGAAGAUUUGAACGCCAUGUAUGACAAGCAACAAGAGCGAUUGGACCGCUUGGAAGUGAUCAUUGAGACUCUCACAUCCGAAGCUGAUGAAGACUAUGAUGAUUACUCCUACCAUCCAUCGAGUAAUUCCGUCUGGUCAGACCUCUCUGCUCCCAGCGAACGAAUAUUGCUUGAGCGUCAAGCCAUGAGGAAUGUCGUGCAAUCGCAUCCUGCUUUCGACAUCACCUGGGUACCGCCACAGAUUCUCGUUGCCGAAUCAGACGAUCUCAGCGUUAUUUUUCAAGAAGCCGCCAUUCAAGAAUCUCUUCUCUUGGCCCGUCGAGAUAAUCGCAACAGACCGCAAGCCUGGGCUCCAAAGUUUUCUACGACAAACAUGACCGCAGCAACAAAAUCCUUUCGUUCAAACCGCGACUCUAUUGACCAGAAACAAAUGAAGGAUUUGGAAAUACCCGUCUUGCACGAUUCGCCACAUUCAUCGAUGAGUGACUCCAAAAGAUCUGACAACGCCCGACUGAAACGCGCUGGAUUCGAUACCAAGAUAUCCCGCAGUCGGGGUAGAAGUCCUCGCCGCGCUCAGGAAUUGGCGGUUGGCGAGGAAGCGUUCGCAAACGCUUCCGUGGCGCAAGAUUCAAUAGGCUAUGAUUCUUCCAUAUACGGCUCGUCGAUGCACUUGUCUAUGCAUGAAUCCAUCUAUAGUGAAGCUGGGGACAUGAACGAGUUAGAAAUUCCGGCUUUGAAUACGUCCACGUCCAAUUCUGUGUACGAACCGAUCGAUCGAAUCAAUUUGAGUCGCAUAGGAUUAUUCGAGGACGACGAUUCCGAAAUUGUGGAAGUUUCCCCAUAG